AUGUCAUUUCAAAAUUUUGAUCAAAUCAUUAAUUUAAAAGUUAAAAUCAUAACAUUAUUAGAUCAAAUAAUAAUUGGUCAAAUUUAUACUUAUUCAUCAUCUAAUGAAAUUAUAAUUAUUAGAACUAAAACCAAUAUUAAUGAUAAUAAACAAAACUCCAGUUCUACUUCAACUUAUAGAAUUAUAAAUACGGCAUUUAUUAAAAGUAUUCAAGUAUUACCACCUUUUUCAAGGAAGAAUGGUAAUAAUAAAUCGGAUUCAUCUUCUUCUUCUUCUUCAUCAUCUGCAUCUACAUUAUUGGAAUUUAUAAAUAUUGAUGAUUUAGAUAAAAGACUAAAUCAUGAAAUCAAUAAUUAUAAACCACAACCAAUACAACCAAUACAACAACAACAACAAGCAUCACAUACCCAACCAUCCAAUAUUUCAACUCUUUUAUUCAAUAGACUUGUCAAAUUAUAUGGAGAUAAAAAUGUUAAAUUUGGUAAUGGCAAUAAUUCAACUACAUCUACUAAACAAUCAGAAAUCAUUAUAUUUAAUGAAAUCAAAAUCAUUAAACCAUUCACUAAUAUUAAAUCAAAUAUACAAAUCAUUAAAGAAAAUGGUAAAAAACAUUUAGAUUCUAUACAAAGAGCAUUGAAUCAAUUUUGGUUAGAAAUUGAUAAUGAAAAACGUGGAGGUUAA